GAGCACGCUGGCCUGACCGCGGCCGAGCUGGUGGAGAGGUGGGCGCUGGCCAGGAUGCCGUUCACCGAGGCCGUGCUCCGGGAGGUGCUCUGGCUGAACUCCCACCCGUCGGCAUCGCCCCGGCGCUCGCUCAAGAAGGUCUCGUGCCUCGGCGGCCACUUCGCGAUUCCAAAGGUGUCUCCGUAG